GUUUGGUUGAUGCUCAACGCACACGGCGCUGAACCCGUCAUUCAUAUAUAUCCAGAUUCCCCUCCUCCCUUCCUCCCGUUCAACUUCAACCCACCUUUCUGCCACACACCUCGAGCGAAGCAAGCACCGCAAGAAUUGAAGAGCCAGGGAGAUUUUCCGUCGCUCCGUCCGAUCCAUGGCCGAACAGUGGUGGGGCAGUGCCUCUCACAGGAGUCACGGCACGUCGGCGUGCUCGGCCGCCGCGCCGCCGCCGCUCACGGUCACGGGUAGGGUGGCCUGCGGCAGCACCUUCCCCACCGCAGCCGUUGAGUCGACGAGCUCCGUAACCUUCCAGGACCCUUACAGAAACUCCACCCAUCAGCCUCUGUCUGAUGCCGCCUCCUCGCUCGGUGAUCCACACCUGGACUGGACGCAAACCUUCUUGAGCGGGAGGAGCGAUGCCAGCUUCCAAGCCGUGCUCCAAGAACCCUCCGCGACGAACGAUCCAUUAAUCAGGGACCACAUGGACAUGGGUGCCGGCUUCUUGGCCGACCAGGCGCAGCUAGCGCCGUCGCCGUACGGCGGCACGGAGCCAUCGCAAGCUCAAGCUCUAUUCGACGCCACGGCGGCGGUGCACAACAUUUUGAUGUACGGAGACAGCGAGUCCUCGGUGAGCUACGACGCCGCCGCGGCGUCGAUGCAGUUUUCCCAGCUGCUCAGGACCUCGGUGCCCGCGUCUACGCCUACGCAAGGCGACGGCGUCGCCGUCGGCGCUCCGAUGCAGUACUUGUCCGGCAGUAGUUACCUGCCUUUCGGUGGCCCGCUGCCGUCUCACCUUCUCUUGCAGGCCCUGCAGGCGGCUAAGCCCAAUAGCCGCAGCUCCAACGCUAACUCUCCGACGGCGAAGGACGACUGUUCUCCACCACCGGCGGCGACGAGGAAAAGCGUCUCCGAGCCGCCUGCGGCCGCGAAAAGGCCACGGAUCGAGGCGCCAUCGCCGCUGCCGACUUUUAAGGUGAGGAAAGAGAAGCUAGGGGACAGAAUCACUGCGCUCCAGCAACUCGUCUCGCCUUUUGGAAAGACUGAUACCGCAUCGGUUCUUCACGAGGCCAUCGAAUACAUCAAAUUCCUUCACGACCAAGUUGCGUCACUGAGCUCUCCCUACUUGAAAAAUGGGAUCCCCAUGAAGCAAUUCCAGCACAAGGGCUCUGAGGAUUCCAAAGAUAACGGCGACACGAAGCAAGACCUGCGGAGCCGGGGCCUGUGCCUUGUCCCAGUGGCGAGCACAUACACGGUGGCGGCCGAGACACCGGAGUUCUGGCACCCUACAUUUGGAGGCACAUUCCGUUUUGUACACAGAUGGUGAUGAUCGUCCAGUUUUAGUAGCAAGCUAAGUAGCCUGCUGAGACGGAAAGCAAGAAAUCAUGAUGCCGCCCAAAGCAAUCGAAGGAUGUUUUGCAAGGGAAAAGACGUACGAUGAUGGAUAUGAUAAUAGGUUUCCGGUGGUCUCUUCUAAGACAUGCAUACAUGCUGGAUCAGGUGCAGAAGAGAGAAUGAUUAAUUGAGGCCGUGUGUAUGUGUGGCACCUAUACUCAUAUAUAUGCAUGCAUGCAACUUUGCAAGCAAAUAAUUAGUGACAGCUAUAUAUAAUUAGCACUGUGUAGUAUGCAUAGGUUGGCGUUGGAAGGGGAAAGGGUGGGGGCAGGUGCCAAAAUUAUUUCGAAGGAAAAGCAGGAGGGUAUUGGUGCAGAUAGAUGGCAACAGUCAUGGCAGCAUGGCAAUGAUUCUUUAUCUCAUUAUAAGCUCCUAUUACUGGAAGUAUGCGCUCAAAUUUAAAAGGAUAGGUGGCAAAUCAAUAAGUACACUUAAUUUGUCUAGUUUUGUUAAAGAUGAUAGAUUUCUGAGUUUCAAUUGGUUUUGCCAUUCAGGGGUUAAAUUUCAGUAUAUUAUUUUGUUCACUGAACUCUGAGAAAGGUGUGGAUAAUGCAUAGCCUUUGCCA